AUGCCGCGUUAUGUCACUGGGCAGGCUAUUGAGGGAGGAAAAUACCGACUUUUUAUUGUGUCUCCUGAGCAACUCGGGAUCUAUAAGGGUCACCUGCCCCGUUUUGCACGUCUGUUACAAAGUCGAGCAUUCUGCAAGAUGAUCAAGCAUGUUCACAUCGACGAGGCGCAUCAUAUAUACACGGCGGGGCUCCCCAAACACGGCGAAAAGGCUUUCCGACCUGCGUAUGGA